AUGCGUUCGUUUCCAUUGGACCUCCUGGCGGCAGCAUCCGCUCUGCUAUCGGUUUGUUCGGCAGCGUCAGUCGCUUCCCCGAAGCCCAACAUCCCUGAACGACCCCAUGUUGUCCCAGGACCUUUCAAUGCCGGGCGCGAUAUGCCAUUCUCCCCUCCGAGAGAAAAGGAUCGCUACUGUUACGUGAAGCCUGGGUGCGGGAUCAAGCGCGAUGAUGCGCCGAGAAUAUUGGAUGCCUUCAAGAAGUGCAACAAUGGCGGCACCGUUGUCUUCGACAAGUCAUACAUCAUCGGCUCGCCACUCGACCUCACCUUUCUGAAGCACAUUGAUGUUGUCAUCACCGGAUCAAUUGAGUUCAAUGAUGACCCGUACUACUGGGCCGAAAACAGUUUCAAGUUUGCCUUCCAAAAUCAAUCAGUUUUCUGGAAGCUUGGCGGAGAAGACGUCAACAUUUACGGUGACUUGGGCAAUGAAGAGUCUGUCAUUGAUGGACGAGGACAAGCCUACUGGGAGGCAAUCCAGACCAAUAAGAGCCUUCUGAGGCCCAUGUUGUUCUCAUUCGAAGGAGUGAAGGGGGCUACGAUGUCCCAUCUUCGCAUGCGAAACCCCCCUAACUGGUUCAAUCUGAUUGCCAACAGUACCGACGUUCUCAUUAGCAACAUGGACCUGAGAGCACAGGUUGGUCGGAGUCUGAAUGGCGUGCAAAUUGCCAACUCCGACGGCUGGGACACGUACAGAAGUUCAUUUGUCACUAUCCAGGAUUCCUUCAUUAUCAAUACAGAUGACUGUGUUUCAUUCAAGCCGAACAGCAGCAAUGUCGUUAUUCAAAACCUGGACUGCACCGGUUCGCACGGCAUUAGUGUCGGUUCUCUAGGUCAGUACAAGGGUGAGACCGACAUCGUCGAGAACCUGUACAUCUACAACAUCACCAUGGCCGACGCUAGCGAUGCUGCCCGCAUCAAGGUAUGGCCUGGAAUCGAGACCGCUUUCCAGACGUUGUUGAACGGUGGAGGUGGUCUUGGUCGGGUUCGGAACGUAACAUAUGACCUUUUCAAGAACAUCAACAACGACCGCGCCAUCACCAUUACUCAGUGCUACGGCCAGAAGAACCAGACAUUGUGCGAGGAGCAUCCCGCCAACUUGACUAUUUCGGAUAUUACAUUGAAGAACAUUUACGGCACAACAUCCGCCAAGCUUGACCCCCAAGCCGGAACACUGGUGUGCAGUGCUAAGGAUCGUUGCAGCAAUAUCCGUGCCGAGAACGUCACGGUGACAGUACCAAGUGGAAAGGCCCCAGUUUACGAGUGCAAAAACCUUGACAAAAAUCUCCUGCAGAUCAACUGCACUGCUAGCACUGGUGAGGACCGGGACACGUCUAACGGCUAA